UCUUCCUGGAAACCCAUGACGCGGCCCCAUUUCUUACUCCCAUUGAGUGUAGUGAUUCUAGACAAGCCAAUCAUCGUCUCCACGAAGUUUUCACAGUUGCGAUUUCGGAUUAUAGGAUUAUCGCUGAGCUGGGAAAUGGAGCCCGGGGCGAGCCUAAUCUUUCUCCUGCUGCUCUGUGAGAGCCUGGUCCUGACCGAGAUCUGGGCGGGUUCCUUCUCCCUGAGAUAUUUUCACACUGCGGUAUCCCGGCCCAGCGGCGGACAGCCCUGGUACGUAGCAGUCGGCUACGUGGACGACACGCAGUUCGUGCGCUUUGACAGCGACGCAGCUGAUCCCAGGAUGGAGCCACGGGCGCCGUGGAUAGAGCAAGAGGGACUCGAGUAUUGGGAGGAGCAGACUCAGCGCGCCAAGGACACAGCAAGGAGUUUUCGAGUAAACAUGCGAACCUUGCGCGGCUACUACAACCAGAGUGAUUCUGGUUCCCACACACUCCAGUGGACCUACGGCUGUGACGUGGGCCCAGAUGGCCGCUUCCUGCGAGGCCAUGAUCAGUUCGCCUACGACGGCACCGAUUACAUCUCCCUGAACGAGGACCUGCGCUCCUGGACCGCGGCGAACACCGCGGCUCAGAUCUCCAAGCACAAAUCUGAGGCAGCCCAAGAGGCUAAGUACCAAAGAGCCUACCUGGAAGGGGAGUGCGUGGAGUGGCUGCUCAGACACCUGGAGAAUGGGAAGGAGACCCUGCAGCGCGUAGACCCCCCGAAGACACAUGUGACUCACCACCCUAGCCCUGAAGGGGAUGUCACUCUGAGAUGCUGGGCCCUGGGCUUCUACCCUAAGGAGAUCACCCUGACUUGGCGACGAGAUGGGGAGGACCAGACCCAGGACAUGGAACUUGUGGAGACCAGACCUGCAGGGGAUGGAAACUUCCAGAAAUGGGCAGCUGUGGUGGUGCCUGCUGGAGAGGAGCAGAGAUACACAUGCCAUGUACAUCAUGAGGGGCUGCCUGAGCCCCUCACCCUGAGAUGGGAGCCACCCCCUCAGGCCACCAUCCCCAUCUUGGGAAUUGUUGCUGCUGUGAUUGUCCUUGUUGUCACUGGAGCUGUGGUCGGUUUUGUCUUGUGGAGAAAGAAAAACACAGGUAUAAAAAAAGGGCCCUAUGCUCCAGCUCUCUGGAAUGACAGUGCCCAGAGCUCUGAUGUGUCUCUCACGACUUAAAAAGGUUUGGAAAUCAAGUAUGGAAAACAACUUUUUCCUAAAAAAUACAUGAAUUCACUUAAAGAUGUCUCCUCAAAUUCAGGAAAUCCCAUUUCUUCGGCUCUUUAUGUCAGGACUCCAUAUAAAUCUCAACCACUUCA